GCGCGGUUCGCGGGCAGCCGGGAGCUGAUUGGCUGCGCGCACUGCCCCCGAACCGGCCGAAGGAGCGCGGCGCACUCGGGGCGUUGCAGCUUUGGCAGUCGGUGCUGCGCGCGCCUCGGAGCCCGCAGCGCUCUCGCAUCCGCCGCCACCGCCGCGCCAGGGUCCAGCCAGGGCGGCUCCCCGUCCACGCACCCAGCGCCUGGGCCGAGUAGGGUGGGCACGCACCCUUUGUCUCCAGACCCCGGCUCGGGGACCGCUGGAAGUUUGCGGCGGGACGCGCGCCGGGGCAGCCCCGACGUCGCGGGAGGAGGCAGCGCGCCGAAGCCAAGCAUGGGCAGCGGGCGCGGCGGCGCCGGGGGCCGCCGCUGGGCCGCCCCGGGCGUGCUGCUGUUGCUGCAGUUGCUGGCGCUGGCGGCCGCAGCGGGUUCGGCCAGCGAGUACGACUAUGUGAGCUUCCAGUCCGAUAUCGGUUCGUACCAGAGCGGGCGCUUUUACACCAAGCCGCCGCAGUGCGUGGACAUCCCGGCGGACCUGCGGCUGUGCCACAACGUGGGCUACAAGAAGAUGGUGCUGCCCAACCUGUUGGAACACGAGACCAUGGCUGAGGUGAAGCAACAAGCCAGCAGUUGGGUGCCGCUGCUCAACAAGAACUGCCACAUGGGCACGCAGGUCUUUCUGUGCGCGCUCUUCGCGCCCGUGUGCCUCGACCGGCCCAUCUAUCCGUGCCGCUGGCUCUGCGAGGCUGUGCGCGACUCGUGUGAACCCGUCAUGCAGUUCUUCGGUUUCUACUGGCCCGAGAUGCUCAAGUGCGACAAGUUCCCGGACGGCGACGUCUGCCUCGCCAUGACCCCUCCUAACGCCACUGAAGCCUCCAAACCGCAAGGUACCACCGUGUGUCCCCCGUGUGACAACGAGUUGAAGUCCGAGGCCAUCAUUGAGCACCUGUGUGCCAGCGAGUUUGCCCUGAGGAUGAAGAUCAAGGAGGUGAAGAAGGAGAACGGUGACAAGAAGAUUGUUCCCCGGAAGAAGAAGCCGCUCAAGCUGGGGCCGCUCAAGAAGAAGGAGCUCCGGAAGCUGGUGCUGUACCUCAAGAAUGGUGCCGAUUGCCCCUGCCACCAGCUCGACAGCCUCAGCCACUACUUCCUCAUCAUGGGCCGCAAGGUCAAGAGCCAGUACCUGCUCACCGCCAUCCACAAGUGGGACAAGAAGAACAAGGAGUUCAAGAACUUCAUGAAGAGGAUGAAGAACCACGAGUGUCCCACUUUCCAGUCGGUCUUCAAGUGAUGCUCCUGGCGCGGGAGAUGGCCGGCCAUUCCUGGGACGAGACACCCUGGAUGGCGGGUGGGGAUGGGCGCGGCGGCUCCCUCGGUGGACACUGAAACCCAGCUGGCUUUGUCACUCCCUUCCCUCUCCUCCCAUCCCUGUAGGCAGGCUCACACCCCAGUCCAGCCCCAUCCAGCCAAGGAAAGGGUCCUGUAGACUAGCUCAGCUUUUUAAGGCCCGCAGAGGCCGGGGUAGGGGGGGCACAGCAGCCACUGUGGAAAACUGCUGCAUCCAGAGACAC